UGAUCCGCGUGCACCGACCGAGCAGCCCGCCAGCACCAGCAGCUCUCUCUCUCCCCCUCUCUCUAUCUCUCUCCUCCUCUCUCUCUCUCUCUCUCUCUCUCUCUCUCUCUCUCUCUCUCUCUCUCUCUCUCUUUCUCUCUCUCUCUCUGUUUCUCUCUUUCUCUCUCCGGCACCGGGGUUUUACGCGCGCGCGCACCGGGGAGGGGGGGACUACAUGUAGUCGGUAACCGGAGCGCACGGUGGGAGACUUGUCGUCGGCUUCCUCUGCACCAUGGAGGACUGCUGCUCCCCGGAAAGCGAGAGGAUGGAAGCGUGGCUGGACGACCACUUGGAGUUCACCCACUCCUACUUCAUCAGGAAGGCGUCAAGGGAGAUGGUGAAUGCCUGGUUCGCUGAGCGCGUCCACACCAUCCAGCCAUCAGCCUCCAAAGAAACUCUUGCUCAGCAGCGACCCAGCCAGUCGUCCACAGACCCUGAGCCCCCCUCGGCCUCCACCAUCCUCCCACCCACGCUCCUUCUGGACAAUCGCUGCCCUUCCCCGGCCACGGCCUCCAGCCCGGCCCCCGGCACCCCGACCCGCAAGAUCUCAGCAUCAGAGUUCGACCGCCCGCUGAGACCCAUCGUGGUUAAGGACUCCGAGGGCUCCCUGACGUUUCUGAGCGACGCUGACCGUGAGACUGUCUCUCUCCGAGGCUCGGUGAUGGGCGAGGGUGGUGGUGUCGUGGUGGGCAGCGGAAGCGGGUGCAGAGGGGCGGGCAGCGGAGGUGACCGCUGCGCCAGGCUGCUGGAGCUGGUGAAGGACGUGUCGAGUCAUCUGGACGUGACAGCACUCUGCCACAAGAUCUUCCUCCACAUCAACGAGCUGAUCGCUGCCGACCGCUACUCGCUGUUCCUGGUGGGUGAAGACAGUUCCAACCGGAAGUUCUUGGUGAGCCGGCUGUUCGACGUGGCCGAGGGAACCACACUGGAGGAAUCCUCCAGUAGCUGCAUCAAGUUGGAGUGGAACAAGGGCAUCGUGGGACACGUCGCCGCAACGGGUCAGCCACUCAACAUCAAGAACGCGUACGAGGACCCGAGGUUCAAUGCUGAGGUCGACCUGAUCACAGGUUACAAAACCCACAGCAUCCUGUGUCUGCCCAUCAAGAACCACAGAGCCGAGGUCGUCGGAGUUGCUCAGGCUAUCAACAAGAAGAGUGGGGAGGAUGGUGCCUUCACUGAACAGGAUGAAAAGGACUUCUCAGCCUAUUUGGCCUUUUCAGGCAUCGUCCUGCACAACGCUCAGCUCUACGAGACGUCGCAGCUGGAAAACCGACGCAAUCAGGUGCUGUUGGAUUUGGCCAGUCUGAUCUUUGAGGAGCAGCAGUGUCUUGAGGUCUUACUGAAGAAGAUCGCAGGAACCAUCCUGUCCUUCAUGCAGGCACAUGCCUGUACCGUCUUCACUACGGACGAGGACUCAAUGAACUCCUUCUCUAGUGUCUUUCACAUGGAGUACGAGGAGCUGGGUGAAGUCCUAGAUGCUCCCAAAAGGGACUGUGAUGUCAGUCAGAUCAACUACAUGUACGCCCAGUACGUCCAAAACACAAUGCAGCCACUCAACAUCGUCGACGUCACCAAGGACCAACGCUUCCCCUGGACGAGUGAAAACCCAAAUCACAACAGCAACCAGAUAAAGAGUUUGCUCUGCACUCCCAUCAGGAAUGCCAAGAAGGACAAAGUCAUAGGUGUAUGUCAGUUGGCGAACAAGAUGGAUGAAGCGUCGGGCAGCGUCAGGGCCUUCAACAGGAACGACGAGCAGUUCCUGGAGGCAUUCGCCAUUUUCUGUGGUCUCGGCAUCCAGAACACACAGAUGUACGAGACCGUGGAGAGAGCCAUGGCGAAGCAGGAGGUCACACUAGAGGUUCUGUCGUAUCACGCCUCCGCCACAGAGGAAGAGUCGCGGGAACUGCAGGUAACAGCGGUAGCCACAAUACCGUCUGCCCAGUCACUGCGUCUCAUGGACUUCAGCUUCAGCGACUUCGACCUGUCGGACACGGAAACUACGUGGGGUACCAUCCGCAUGUUCGUUGACCUCAACCUGGUCCAAACCUUCCAGAUGAAGUACACGAGUAUAUGCCAGUGGGUUCUGAGUGUGAAGAAGAACUACAGGAAGAAUGUGGCCUAUCACAACUGGAGGCACGCCUUCAACACGGCCCAGUGCAUGUUCGCCCUCCUCAAGUCAGGACGCCUACAGAAUAAGCUGAGUGAUCUGGAGGUCUUGGCUCUGAUGAUUGCGACUCUCAGCCACGACCUGGACCACAGAGGAGUCAACAACUCCUACAUACAGAGGAGCGACCACCCACUGGCCCAGCUCUACUGCCACUCCACCAUGGAGCACCACCACUUCGACCAGUGCCUCAUGAUCCUCAACAGCCCAGGAAACCAGAUCCUAAGCGGUCUCUCCCUGGACGAGUACAAGGCCACUCUGAAGAUGAUCGAGAGGGCUAUUCUGGCCACUGACCUGGCUCUGUACAUGAAGAGGCGAGGGGAGUUCUUUGAGCUCACCAAGAACAGCCAGUUUGUUUGGGAGGACGAACAUCACAGAGAUUUACUGAGGUCAAUGCUGAUGACUGCAUGUGACAUCUCGGCCAUCACCAAGCCCUGGCCGGUGCAGAAGAGGAUUGCAGAGCUGGUGGCCACUGAGUUCUUUGAACAGGGGGACAAGGAGAGGCACGAGCUAAACAUUGAACCGAUUGACCUGAUGAAUCGUGAGAAAAGAGAUAAGAUACCCAGCAUGCAAGUGUCCUUCAUUGAUGCCAUUUGCAUUCAACUAUAUGAGACUUUGGCUGGCAUGUCCGAGUGUUGCUCCCCCUUGUUGGAAGGAUGCCAGAAGAACCGGCAGCAUUGGAAGCGUUUGUCUGAGGAGCGGGAGAAGGAACCGGUCAAUGGCUUGGUGUGAUCCCGAAGCCAAUUCGGCUUUUCAACCUACACUUAUUUCCAGGGCUUUCCCUGUUCAACCUGGUCUCACAAAGUUUCAUGAAAUUAGCAUGAUAUACAUACAUACACAUGAAAGGUCACGUAUCCUUCGUGAAUGGAAAGUGACAUUACAUUUUUUAGAUUAUGUUGUGGUGAAAGAAAAAGGGCGAAUACUCCUGCAUUCAACUUUCAAAAUCUUGGAGCAGCUUCAAGUCCCAGGUUGUGUUGACAGGUUUGAUAGACUUUCACGUGUUCUGUUUACUUAGUUAUUUUCAUAGGUAUGUCCAUCCUUCCAUUUUGCAAUAAUGAGGUUUCACUCACCAAGUCUGUCACUCGGAUCUGGGAAUACAACAUACUAACUGGGGGAGGCAGCUGGCACUGGUGCUAACGUGGUUCAUUAGGGAAAUACAGAAUCAAUAUACAUUCAGAACUUACCUGGUAGAGAUACAGUUCCUCAAUUCUCCGAGACUCUGUUUUCGUUCCCUCUGUAUAGAAGUUGAAUCGCACAACUCCCUGUGUACACACGCCGACAACGUGUUUGUCCUCCAUUCCCGACACAGCAUCACGCAAAUCUUCUGAUCAAGAGGUUUGGCUCAUAAACAUGAAUAUACUUCUUUUUACAUUGGCCAGCACAAUUUCACAGCUAGGAGAUAUUUCCUAAGCAUUUUGUCCGAAAACACUAUGAUUAUAAUCAUCAAAAAUAUUUUCAUAGAACAUAUAUAAAGGUAGCACACGCAUCUUGUAAAUAUUACACCCUUUGUGUUAUUUACUGUCUUUCAACAUUGACCCCUGUGGUAAAAGUGAGGCUAGCUCAAUUAGCUCAACAUUAUUGAUUACUUUAUGACUGCCGACCCAUAGGCAGAUUCAAAUCUGUGUGUGAGCACAUUUUGGUAAUAUUCCCACAUUUUUGCGAGUAUUUAGACAUCAAUUACUGUAUUGCUACACAAGGAGACAUUGUUGUCCAUAGAGCCUGACUGCAGAUGGCCCAUGUUUUCUUCCCAGAUCUCAACUUUACUGAGUGCAUAUAAGAAAUGGUCCGACCUAUGAAAAUAAUGUAAUACCCCUUGUUCAAUACAUCUUACAAAUUCUUCAUUCAGCUUAUUGCAGCCGUCAAACUCCUGAGAUGCUCCAUUUCCUCAAGCUUUGUGAGACCUCCCUUCUUGUUGUCACUAUUCACUCACCAGAGACAAUAACAGUCAGCACUAAGCUAUAUUUAUUACAAUAGCCAUUUUUAUUUUUGCACAGAGUGGCUUUCAUCUUGAAGUCUCACACACACUAUCUCUCACGGGUAGUGAACCUUAGCGGCGCGCUGGAUGGUGCGACAUGGAUCCUCUGGGAUCAGCACCAUUCCAGUGGGCUACAGAUAUUUACCAUAUACUUUACAGAGUCACAAUAUACUGAUAUGUUCCAUAUGUCUUUGAUCACAGCAUACGCACUACAAGGGUUUGAGUCUUUUGUAUCGUUUUUUUUUUCACUCACUGUCUUAACUAUUGCAUAUUUAUUUUUGUUUUAUAUAUUUAUUAGAGUUUCUAUAUUGUAAGGUCAUCCAUUUGUCAAGAGCACAUGAUUCUUUAUAUAAGAAAUGUAGUUUUCAUACUUAAAGUCCCAUCUCUGCUUUUUUCGAACGAUCUUUCUUAGGAACAACUCUUUGCAGAUGACAUUAUGAAAUGUACUGUAUUGUGUUAUUUGAUUUCCUUUUUUUUUUAUUUUUUUUAUGUAAAAUAGCCAAAGACUAGGCCCGCAUUUUCAAAUGGAAAUUGGCCUAGAUUCUUCCACUGCCUUGUUGUGAUAAAAAUAGGACCAAUUUAAAAAAAAGUAUAUAUAUUUUAUUUGUCCACAUCUCUCUGAUUCCAUUAAUGCCUUUCCCUGAGAAAAAAAAGAUGUUUUUUUACAUCCUGAUUUUAUAACAGAAUGACAUUUGCAUUUGAGCCAGCAGGGUUGAGUGAACCUUUUUAAAACCAACGAACAGCACAGAGGUGUCGUAAUUCCUAUUUGCAGAAAACCCUACUCACAUAAAUUUACGAAAGACAUUAUUUCAUUAUUAAUCUUUAAAUUAAUUUGAUUCAAUUAGUUAAUCUGAAGGCGCAGAUGGAUGGAAUAGAAAAAUUGGUGUCAAAAGCAGAGCAUUUUUCUAAGAUCUUUUGCCUUUUGUUGUUUGAAAUACUUGUUUCAACAAAUCCUUCAAAUUCACCCGUAUUUGUAGAAGUAAAGAAAAAAUCACUCCUUGGUGGAACAGCUGCCUGAAUGUCCACACGUGGACUCCGAGCUUUUUGGUCUAGAUAAAAACAAACUUUUUUUCAGCAAACCCAUUUCCAUCCUAAUAAUAAUAAAGGCAAAUAAUAACAAAAGAAGCCAAAGUUGGGCCAGUUAAGAGCUUUGAGCAAAUACUUCAAUUUGUAAUAUUUUUUAUAAUUUAGGGGUGAAGGACAAUAGUGCAAGCAGCCCCCCCCCCUGUGAUUCUAAUCGGUGAUAAGCAGCAAAGGGUUUCUGCUGGAUAUGUUCCAAGUGGAUAACAGUGUGUCAGCCGCUUUAACCACUCAAACACAGGAUUUCACCUUCUGCAUUGAAACGUAGAUCCUUAGUUACAUUUUUUUUUCAUGACCAUUUUUUAGUUCUGCAUAGAAAGGGAAUAGGGGUUUAGAAUAAUGGAGGAAAUGUCUCAACAGCCACUCUGUACGCACAACAGGUGCCACCCAUGUGCAUUUUUAUUAACAGCAACAAAGCAGGCCCUACAGCCUGGUCUUCACUAAAGCACUUUUGUAGACGCACAUGCUCAGAAAGCUUGUUUGUAUCUGUGGUUUUUUUGUACUUAGUCUGCAGGAGUGCAGUACAUGUGCCUGUCACCUGACCCCUGAGCUCGCUCGUUAAGAUUUCCUCACUGCUUCAGUCUCUGGCUCGUUUCAGAGAAGUUUGCUUCCCUCCUUUUUUUGUUGCAUGUACACCAGAGGGCAUUACACCAGAGAGGAAGUUUUUUUUUUUUUUUAAAUGAAAGACAAAGACUUGUGAGUUGUCUACUGCAGGCGAGAUAAUCUAAUAUGCUGAUAUGGUACUGUGAUGAAGGAGGUGUUCCACAUCUGCAACCGUCGACACCACUGAACACUGUGAGCCGAGGCAAUGGUUUGUCCCAUUAAAGAAUAAUGCUUA